AUGGAUGAAAUACCCGAGUACGAUAGAGAAAAAGGAGUAUUUUCGCGCAAUAAAAGAGCUGCUCCUCCAACUCAACCUACUAAGAAAGCCGGUAAUACAACAGCAGGACCCGUAAAUAGAACUCAUAUGGCUCUGGUUGAAAAGAGAGUAAAAGGAUUCGUGACAGUCUACGGAGGUCUAACCGGAGCCCUUAUCUUCCUCUGCUUUGCCAACAUUGGGCUCUUCAUUUGGCUCUCGAUCACCCUCAAAAAGCUAAAAAAACCUUAG